GCGAAAGCUACCGCAAAAUUAAUUAUCAGUGAAAUUCCACAUUUCAAACAGUAAUCAUGAGAUUUUCCACAGUUAUUUUUGUUUUGCUCCCCUUGACGAUCGAAGCAAAACGAUUUUUCAUUCCAAAUUUUAAGACCAAUUGGCACAAGGCGCACGAGUUUUGCAUAUCGCUGGAGAUGAGUUUGGUGUCGGUGGAAUCGCAGAACGAUCACAACGAGCUGGUAAAGUUCACCAAGCGAACGGAUAAAUUCUCAAACGCUUCCCGAUUUUGGAUUGGCGCCAGCGAUCUGGCAGAGGAAGGGGUCUACACUUGGGUCUCCAGUAGCAGGCUGGUCACGUUUACCAACUGGGCGGAGGGAGAACCAAACAAUGGGAACCAGUCCGAACACUGUAUCGAAAUGAUCCACAAUACCUACGUGAACAGAAUUUGGCAGUGGAAUGAUAUCGAUUGUCGUGGCUUUCAGGCGUAUUUCGUUUGCGAAGAUCGAACGUGUAUCUCGGAGUUUUGAUAGUUUGAUAAAUUAAAGAUUAUGUUAUAC